AUGGUCUCCAUUGUUGCCAUGGAGACCAAAAUACACACGGUGAAGGACUGGAGUCACACAUCCAGUUACCACAUUUAUUACAGCACCGGAGGUCAGGAGUGGAUAAACCCGGUUGAAAGAGUGCCCGCCCGUAUGCAACGCUCCUCGAAGAGCAGCGAACGCACCCGUUUACAAUCAGAAUCAGAUGUUGCUGGAGAAAUAGAGCCCAGAGAGACAUGGUCUAAUUCAAAUCCACCCAAUUCACAAUCAGAUAAUCCCAAAUGCAGUCCACCCAAUUCACAAUCAGAUAAUCCCAAAUGCAAGACACGGCUCGCUGAUGCUGUUAGAAAAAAAAGCAAACUGCUGAAACCACAGACAAACUCUCUCUUUGUUUAUACAAUUCGCCUCAAAGAGGAACAAAUCAAUGUUCCUGGGUGCAAGCGUUUCACUUUUGGGAAAGAAUCCACUAAACCUAAUCGUACCAUCAUGGUUCUCGGAGCAACUGGGGCUGGGAAGUCAACUCUGAUCAAUGGAAUGAUCAAUUACAUUUUAGGUGUUGAAUGGAAGGAUUCAUUUCGGUUUAAGUUAGUUGAUGAGGGUCAGUCGAAAUCACAAGCUGAAAGCCAGACUUCUGAAGUCACUGUGUACAAAAUCAACCACCAGGAAGGCUUUAAAAUCGAGCACUCUCUGACUAUUGUGGACACUCCAGGCUUUGGAGAUACACGAGGAAUAAAAAGAGACAAAGAGAUCACAGAGCAGAUACGUAAUCUCUUCACUGAUCCAAAUGCUGUCAAAGAAAUUGAUGCUGUGUGUUUUGUAGCUCAAGCUUCGUUAGCACGACUCACAGCAACACAGAAGUAUGUGUUUGAUUCUGUGCUUUCAAUCUUUGGUAAAGAUGUGGCAGAAAACAUCAGAGUUCUGGUGACAUUUGCAGACAACAAACCUCCAUCAGUUCUAGAGGCAAUCAAGAAAGCAGACGUCCCAUGUCCUAAAACAAAACAUGGGCUGCCAGUUCACUUCAAAUUCAAUAACUCAGCGUUAUUUGCAGACAGCAAAUCAUCUGCAGCAAACAGCACAGAUGAAGAUGAUGAAGAUGGAGACUUUGAUAAGAUGUUUUGGGACAUGGGGACAAAAAGUAUGAAAAGGUUUUUUGUUGCUGUGAAUGAGAUAAAAACCAAAAGCUUGACAAUGACACAGGAAGUCCUCAGAGAAAGACAGCAGCUCGAGAAUUCAGUUGAAAAUUUGGAGAAGCAGGUUAAAGUUGGGUCAGCCAAGCUUGAGGAGAUAAAAGAGACAACUGAAAUACUGAAAAAGCAUGAGGCAGAGAUCAGUAGAAAUAAGGAUUUUGAGUUUGAAGUCACCAUCAAAAAGCCCGUUCAAGUAGAUAAUUCUGGUUCUGGAAACUACAUCACCAACUGUCAGCAGUGUCACUUUACCUGCCACAAAAGUUGUACCCGUGGAAAUGAUGCAGAUAAAUAUAAAUGCACUGUAAUGGGAGCAGAUGGAAACUGUACUCAGUGUCCUGGCAAAUGUCAUUGGUCUGUACAUUUUAAUCAGAAGUACAGAUGGGACUAUAAGGAGGUUAAAGAAAAGCGAACUGUGAAAGAGCUGAAAGAAAAGUACCUAAAUGCCUCAGAGGCUAAGGCACCUGUUCAGGCUUUGAUUGAUAAACUAAAGGCUGAAUAUGACCGUGUGCAGGCAGAAGUGGAGAAUUUGACAAAGAGGUCUGUAAACUGUUUAAGCAGACUCAAAGAGAUAGCACUGAAGCCAAAUCCUCUCUCUGCUCCAGAUUACAUUGACAUGCUUAUUGAGGACGAGAAAUCUCAGGGCAAAGAGGGAUGGAAGAAACGAGUUCAGGACCUGAAGGAAACGAGAGGAAAAGCCGAAACCAUGGCUAAAGUAGACAGAGGAGAGAAAGUCCUGAAAAAAUAA